UCCCACCUCCACCCUCCUUCCCACCUCCACCCUCCUCCACCCUCCUCCCUUGCUAUGUUAUGUUACGCCUCGCAACCUCCAUCAUGACGAACGCUCCCAAAAGGGUCCCUAUCCCCCGAAACGGGGUCGACUACCGCUGCAAGCUCGUCCUCGCCCCCAUGGUCCGCUCCGGCGAGCUGCCCUCACGCCUCCUCGCCCUCCACUACGGCGCCGACCUCGUCUGGGGCCCCGAAACCGUCGACCGCUCCAUGAUCGGCACCACACGCACCUUCAACAGUGCCCUCUCCACCGUCGACUUCACGCGCCGCUCCAACAACGGCUCCCACGGGCCCCGCAAGAACCAGAAGGAGAGCGUCAUCUUCCGCCUCCACCCCGCGCGCGAGGGCAAGAAACUCAUCUUCCAAAUGGGCACCUCGGACCCCGAGCGCGCGGUGGAGGCUGCGAAACUCGUCGCCGCCGACGUCGCGGGCAUCGAUGUCAACGCCGGGUGUCCGAAGCCGUUUAGCACGAGCGGCGGCAUGGGCGCGGCGCUGCUUCGCACGCCGGAUAAAUUAUGCGCGAUCCUAGAGGCGCUGGUGACUAACGUCGCCUCGGAGUUCGAGAUUGGGAUUAGCGUCAAGAUUCGCCUGCUGGGGACCGGGGAGGAGACGGAGGCGCUGGUGCGCAGGCUCUGCGCGACGGGGAUUACGGGGCUGACGAUCCAUUGUCGGACGACGCCGAUGCGGCCGCGGGAGAAGGCGAUUAGGGAUCAAUUGACGAUGAUAGCGGAUAUAUGUCGGGAGAUGGGGGUCGCGUGUCUGGCGAAUGGGGAUGUAACGUGUCCGGAGGAUGCGCAGGAGCUGGUGAAUGCGUUUGGGGUUGAGGGGGCGAUGAUAGCGACGUCGGCAGAGACGAAUCCGAGUUGUUUUAGGAGGAAGGAGGAUGGGGGGUUGGCGCCGUGGAGGGAGGUGGUGGAGCUUUAUCUGAGGACGAGUAUAGAGGUGGAGAAUCGAUGGGGGAAUACGAAGUACCUCCUUGGGCACUUGGUGCCGGGGAAAGAUCCGGUGUAUCGUGGUGUUACGGGGAGUAAGAGUUAUACGGGGAUCUGUGAGCUGCUUGGGUUCCCGGAGCUGGUUGAGCGGGCUAAGGAGGUGGAUCAUGCGCUGGGAUUGGAUGUGGUACCGGUAAAGCCGGUGAAGCAGGGCAAGAAGAAGCAGAAUAGCACAGCAGAUGCUGCGAGUGGGCAGUCGGGCACUGGGAAGAAGGACAAGCGGAAACCGCUGUCUACUCGCGGCGUCGAGAACUCUAAGCCAGCUGUGGAGGCUUCGAAGUCGGCCGCUCAAAGCCCGACGGCACCAGUUGAUAUCCCGCAGCCAGCCACGGAGAGUACAAUGGCCGCGCAACCCGUAUAAAAGCAGCCACAGUGCAAAAGAGGGAAAAGGCCCACUUGGGGGAAAACCACGCUACAUACACACAAAGUGCCUUCACGAGACUGGCACAGGCGUUCACAGGCAUGUGGGGAGUUUACUUGCAUUUGUAUGUAUAUACAGAAGGAUGGGAUGGCGUUUGGGAUCGUUGGGGCCACUCAAUAAAAAAUAUGUAAUAAGAAUUAACAAACAUGCAACCCCAUCCUAGCAUCAUUCCUGGUCUCAGUCCUAUAAAUCCAGUGUAAGUUCUACCCCUCACCUAGUCCACUCCCA